CCGCAAGGAAGUGCCUAGGAAACUCCUCAUCUUUCCUUGAAGUUGCCAAGAGUAGGACCCUGUCUAAUUAAUUUAUUAUUUAUUCCAUUGAAAGGGACCGCAAGAAAUUGCCAAGAAACUCUCAUCAUCUUUCUUCAUCAAACAUGUAUUUCCAAUGCAACUUUCAACUUCUGAAUUCUCAAUUUAAGAAGAGUACACUUUCAGUAGUAAUCCGUCAUCGAUAAACAAUUACUUCUCUGAUGGCCGUUCAAGGUGCUUCUUCCUCUUCCCUUUCUUCUUUUACUCAUAGGUGGAAGUACGAUGUAUUCUUGAGCUUUAGAGGUGAGGAUACUCGUAACAAUUUUACUGCCCAUCUAUAUGCUGCUUUAGUUCAAAGAGGCAUAAACACAUACAGAGAUGACGACAAGCUUAAAAGAGGGGAAGAAAUCUCACAAGCACUUUCCGAAGCUAUCGAAAGCUCAAGGAUUUCAGUUGUAGUACUCUCAAAAAAGUAUGCAUCAUCGAGAUGGUGCUUGGAAGAGUUGGCGAUGAUCAUCGAUUGUGAAAAAACAAAGCAACAAAUAGUUCUACCAGUGUUUUACAAUGUAGAUCCAACAGAGGUACGACAUCAGAGUAAGAGUUUCGGAAAAGCAUGGGCUAAACUUAAAGAUAAGAUCAAGGAUGAGACGAAGUUACAGAGGUGGAAAUCAGCCCUUACAGAAGUGGCCAACUUGGCUGGGUUCACUUCAGGAGGCAGGAACGAAUCUGAAUUUAUCCAAGAAGUUGUUCGAACGGUUUUUAAAGUAGUUAUGCCUAAAUCUUUAAAUCACAUUUCCAAGCAUCUAGUUGGAAUGCAGUCUAGAGUACAGUACGUCCGUAAUAAGCUUUCAAGUGUAGAAGUGAAUGACACUACACGCAUACUAGGGAUCUUUGGAGUUGGUGGAGUCGGUAAAACAACUCUGGCUAAAGAGAUCUACAACUCAUUUCUUAACCAGUUUCAAUAUAGUUGUUUUCUUGCCGACGUGAGAGAAACUUCAAAGCAAGGGAAGGUUUUAAUUCGAUUGCAAAAAACACUUCUUCGUGAGAUCCUAGGAGACUCGAGUUUGAAGGUUCAAAAUGAAGAUGAAGGAAUGGGUCUCAUAAAAAAGAUGCUUUUGAGUAAAAAGGUUCUUUUACUUCUUGAUGAUGUGGAUCAAUUGUCCCAAGUUGAAAAGUUACUUGGAGAUUGUGAUUGGCUUGGUUCAGGAAGUUUAAUUAUUAUAACAACAAGAAAUGAACGUUUAUUAACUGAUUAUAAUGUUCAUCUAACAUACAAGAUGGAGGAAUUGGAUCACAAUGAAGCUCGUCGGCUGUUUUGUUGGAAAGCAUUCGAAAAUGAAGAACCUAACCAAGGUUUUGCAGAACUCACAGAAAAUUUUUUGGGUUAUGCUGGGGGCCUUCCAUUGGCUUUAGAAGUGCUGGGGUCAUAUUUAUAUAAAAGAGAAGAAAUUAAAUUUUGGGAAGAUGCUCUAGAAAAGUACAAAAGAAUUCCUCCCGAUAAUAUUCAAGACAAGCUUAGAAUAAGCUAUGAUGGUUUGGAAGAAAGUGAAAAGAGUAUUUUCUUGGACAUUGCAUGUUUCUUUGCAGGGGAACGUGAAGAAUAUGUUACUAACAGACUUAAUGGUUGUGGUUUCUUUCCCCAUACCGGUAUCCCAAUACUAAGGGAGAAGUCUCUCAUAACCAUUGAUAAGGAUGGCACAAUAAACAUGCAUGAUUUACUCAAAGUCAUGGGCAAAGAAAUUGUUCGUAAAGAGUCAGAGAAAGAUCCUGGAAAACGCACUAGGUUGUGGUUUCAUGAAGAUGUUCGUUAUGUACUUGAACAAAAUAAGGGAACAAACAAAAUUGAAGGCAUACGGAUAGACUUGCCUGAAAAGAAGGGUUUGAUACACUUGAGUCCUGGAACUUUCGAAAAGAUGCCAAAUCUCAGAGUACUCGUAAAUCGUAAUGCACUCUUUUCAGAACCACCUAGUUAUUUCUCCAAUGAGUUGAGGGUGCUUGAUUUUAAAAACUAUCAUGGUACAUCUCUUCCAUCGAAUUUUAAUGGAAAGAAACUGGUUGAUUUAAGAAUGACUAAGUGGAAGCUCAAAUCAUUGGGAAAUGAAUUCAAGAACUUUCAGAAUUUGAAAUUUUUGAUUUUGGUUAAGUGUGAUUUCCUAAAAAGAAUUCCCGAUAUGUCGGGGCUUCCAAAUAUAGAGGAAUUGGACAUUGAGGGUUGCAAUAGAUUAGUUGAGGUAGAUCAAUCUGUUGGAUCCCUUAGCAAACUAGUCCUGUUGUCAAUUCGCUAUUGCGCUAAACUUAAAAGUUUUCCAAGUUACCUCAACACGAGAUCUCUGAAAAAGUUUUUUGUUGAAUUUUGCAAAAGCCUGGUGUCCUUUCCUGAAAUUGGGCUGGAAAUAAAACGUUUGCACUGGAUUCAAUGGAACUCCACUGGUAUAAAAGAACUGCCUUCUUCUAUUGGGAAUCUCACUAAACUUAAAAUAUUAACUCUAGAAGACAACGUACACCUUGCGCAUCUUCCUUCUAGCAUUCUUCAGUUGGAACAUCUAUAUGCUCUCAAUCUCGGUGGCUGCACAGAUAUUAUAACGUAUCCGAAAGUGUCAGUGCAUUUGACUCAUCAUUGUCGGCCCCCAUCAAAUUCCUCCACGUUUACCAACUGCUUCUCCACACUGCAAGGAUUAAAUCUAUCAGGGAGCACUUUGGUUAUCCUUCCUUCCUGGAUGGAUCGAUUUGUUCAAUUGACGAGACUCUAUUUAAGUGAUUGCAAGAAACUCAAAAAAAUCGAAGAACUUCCCCCAAAUAUAGAAGUGGUAGAAGUUAGUGGAUGCAUCUCGUUGGAAAGUUUUCCAGAAGUAUCAAAGAGGUUUGAAUUCAAUACCAGCAAUUUGAGUAAACUACAUUCGAUUGACUUGCAUGGAUGCUCUAAAAUGCUUGUAAAUGUUGGGAGUCAUGUGGCAGCUAUUCUAAGCCCCCAGGAAGGUCCACAGUACAACCAUUCAUGCGGCCUUCUAUUUCCUGGAAAUAAGAUUCCAAAUUGGUUCUACCAUUGCAAGGAGACUUCAAAUAGUUGUUCAAGUGAUAUGUUUAUUGAAGUUGAACUGCUCAAUCCUAGUGUGAUUAAAGGAAUCCUUACAUGUGCUGUUUUCACCAAAACCAGUGCUUGUUCUACCCUCUACCAUGAACAUCUUGAGUUUACUAGUAUUUCAAUUACGGUCAACUAUGAUGGUAGAUGUCUGGGUAAUAUAAGCAGAGCAGUUUUUUUAAAGGGCUCAGACCAUGUAUGGUUGGCUUUCUGCGAACUAGAGCCUUUUACCCUAGCGAAUGGAAGUCUGCAAAUUUGUUUUGAAUGGGAUUCAGAUGAAAUACUUGUCAAGCAUUGCGGAGUCCAUCUAGUACGCAAGGAAGAGAAGAAUGCUAAGAGGAAGCGUGAUGAUGAUGACGAGAAAUACUAUUCAAUGGAUGACAAUUUAGAGGAUGGCGAUGUUGGGGAUUGAACCCUGAUUCUUGGAUAGGUAACAAUGCUGGGGAUUGAACCCUGAUUCUCGUACUGAGAAACCAAGGCUGGUGCCAUCUGGGUCAAGGGCCACUAGCUCACACACAUACACACGAGUAGCUUUCUCUAUAUAUAGAAAUAUGCAUUGCUAAAAAGAAUGAUGCUUGUUUAACAGAAACAUGAUUGCGACGAAUCAUGCGGCCUUGUAUUUCCGGGAAAUAAGAUUCCAAAUUGGUUCCCCAAUUGCAAGGAGACUUCAAA